CCAUCCUCAUCUAUGGAGGCCAGGUCAGUGGCAACCUCUCAUUGAAAACGAACCUCGGAUCGACCCGCUCUAUUAGACGCAAAGCUCUCAUGGCAGCGCCCGAGUUCCAACUGGCCACCCCGUCCAACUGGGCCAUCGACUCGAGGGUCCAGAAGAAAAUACCGGUUGGCAAGACAUGGGAAAGCAGAUCGGACGCGAUGGAACUUCACCGGCGGUCGAUGGCGGGAAUCUACGGGACCAAGGAGCUCGGUGCUAUAUCUAUCGUUACGUCCGGAUUCUAUCCUGGGCAGGAUGAUGGCGAUGUCCUGUCAGUGCACGAAUUCUCACCUCCAAACUCUGACUGACUGUGUCUAAAUCCCAUCCAUUCGAAGAAUAUACACCGGAACUGGGAAAGGAGACUCUGGUACUUUCAGC